UUGUUGUUGUUGUUGUUGCUUCCUCUCUCGCUGCUGCUGUGUUGUGCUGGUGUUGUGCUGCUGCCACCCACCCACGACGGACGUCAACCAACGACCGCCAUCAUGCCACCUCGCAAGUCCAUGGCCCAGGGCCGCAUCAAGAGGGAGAUUGCGGAAGUGAAGAAGGACAAACAACUGCUUGAGAGUGGGACCGUGAUUAAGCAGGUGAAGGAGGGCGACUACACACAUUUGCACGGCUCCAUCCGUGGUGCCCCGGACACGCCGUACGAAGGUGGCACGUUCGAGCUGGACAUUCAAAUUCCUGACACGUACCCUUUCAGCCCACCAAAAGUCAAGUUCCUGACCAGGAUAUGGCACCCCAACGUCAGCAGCCAAACGGGCGCCAUCUGUCUCGACAUCCUCAAAGACCAGUGGGCCGCUGCGAUGACUCUGCGAACAGUGCUGCUGUCCCUGCAAGCAUUGAUGGCUGCGGCAGAGCCGGACGACCCGCAAGACGCCGUCGUUGCCAAGCAGGUUUCGCCCGCUGACGAGCACACGGCCGAGCUGAGCGGGAAACUGCAGCAGCUGGUGGACAUGGGCAUUGACGCACCGCAGGCCAGAGACGCCCUCAGCGCAACAUCGUGGAACGUCGAGGCAGCCAUUGCCAGGAUCUACUCGUGACACGCAGCCCUGAAUCAGCGCCAACACACACGAUUGCCACAUUUCGUUUCCUUGUCCCACACCUUCGUUCUAACCUCUCCACCCUUCGACCACCACCUACACUGUUGCGCACUGCUUCGUUUUGUGCCAAGUUCAUUGAUUUGUUGAACAACGCACGCAUGUCACCCACGCAAUCAAAGACAGAAAAAGAGAAAGCUGAAAUGAAAUGAAG